CGCAGCCUGCCCCGGGCCCCGGCCGCGCUGCUCCCGGGAGGCGGCGGCGGCGGGCCGGGGCCGGGCCCGGCAUGGAUGGCCGCGACUUCGUGCCGCCGCCGCAUCUGCUGUCGGAGCGCGGCAGCCUGGGCCACCGCGGCGCGGCCGCCGCCACGCAACCCCCCGCGCACUUCCAGCCCGGAAAGUACUUCGCGUCGCCGCUGCCCAUGGCUUCGCACGCAGCCAGUGGCCGCCUGGUGGGCAGCUCCACGGCCCCCUCCUUCAUGGGCAGCUUCCUCACCAGCGGCCUGGGCCCCUCGACGUCAGCGCACCCCAGUGGCCCGGCACCCGCCCCCUCGGAGCAGGCCUACCGCGCCUCGCACCCCGCUGCCUCCCACAUCUGGUUCCCCCAUUCCCAUGAAGCGCCUGGGUACCCCCGGUUCUCUGGGAGUCUGGCCUCCACCUUCCUGCCCAUGACCCACUUGGACCACCACGGCGACGGCGGCCUCCUGUGUGGGCAGCACCGGUUCUAUGGCGCCCAGAAAGAUAACUUCUACCUGCGCGACCUGCCCCCGCAGCCCGCGCUCCUGCCCACCAACCACAACUUCCCGGGCGUGGCGCGCACCCCGGCCGGCCACCCCGUGGGCGCCUGCAGCCGAGAACGGGGGGAGGCCGGGCCCCUGGCCAAGGGCCCCAAGGACGCGGACCGCUUCCUCCUGGGCAGAGAGAAGGCCGGCAAGAUGGCCGAGGCCAAGGAGCGGCCGGGGGACGAGGCGGGCGACAAGGAGCGGCACAAGCUGGGGCUGGCCACGCCGGGCGACGCCGCGGCCCGGGCCGCCUGCGAGGGCCGCCCCAAGCACCUGGCCCCCUGCCUGCUCAGCGCCAAGGUGCUGGGUGGCGAGGUGGGCAAGGGGGCGCUGGCCAGCUGCGCGGGGGGUGUGCUGGUGCGGCCCGGCGUGGGGGUGGCAGCGCCCGGGCGCUGUGCCAAGGAGGCGGUGGGCGCGGCGGAGCCUGGGCCGGCCUUCGGCGAGUGUCUGGAGCGGCGGCAGACGCUGCACCACUCGGCGCCCUACUCGGGGCCCUCGGGCCUGCCCACCGGGCCCCCUGCCCUCAGCACGGCGGCUGGCCCCUUCCCCUGCCUGCAGCUGCGGCCGGGCGCCGAGGGCCUCUGCCCGCUGCAGGACAAGCGGCCCCGGGACCCGCGGCCCGGCGCGCCCACCCUCGUGCCUUCCGCGGGACAGCUGACUGACAAGGGCCGCCCCUACCACGCGGCCGACGCCUGCGCCGUGAUGGGCGAGGCCAAGGAGCUGCACGUGGACGGGCCCGCGGCCCCCGAGCACACCGCCCCCUACGGGGUCCCCUACGCCCACCUGAAGGCCGAGGGCAAGGCCGAGCGGCGGCUGGUGGGCUUCGAGGCGGCCCCUAACCCUCGGCUGAAGGGCCUGGACUACCUCCCCGGCACGGGCCCGGAAGCGCCCUUCCCGGCGCUCCCCAAAGGUGCUCUGGACAGGAGCGGCUACUUGGACCUGCCCACGCCCACCCAGGACUGCGCCCGGCCGAGCCUGCAGGACCCGCUGGGCAGGAAAGGCCCCCAGGCCUGCUGCACUUUAGACAAGCCCGGGGGCAAGGAGGGGCCCGUGGGGGCCCCCGGGGCCCAGAAGGUGGCCCGGAUCCGCCACCAGCAGCACUGGACCGUCCCCGAGGUGGACCCCGGGGGCGGCGGGGCCGAGGCCAAGCGCAAGUCCCUGGAGCUGGCGUCGCUGGGCUACGGCGGUCCCCACCUCCCCCCCUGGAGUGUGCAGUCGGGCCAGGGGGCCGGCAUGGCUGUGGGCGAGGAGCGCAAGUCCGGGCCCUACCUGGCCCCCUUUGGGGGCGGCCUGCAGCCCACGGCCCUCCGGGCAGAGCUGCCGGCCCCCGAGGACGGGUCUGCCAUGAAGAGCCUGCUCAGGUACAGCAGCCAGGCCCUGGUGGUUGGACAGAAGACCCCCUUUGUGGGCCUGGGGGGGCUCAAGGCCAGCUGUGCCCAGCAGGAAGGGCGGUUUCCGGCCCCCAAGGCCCCCGGCCCGGCCUCGGGCGAGGCAGAGCGGCCGGACUGUGCCCGCAGCCGGGAGCACGAGUGCCUGCAGGGAGACGCCGCCGAGGUGCGGCAGCCGCCCGUGGGCAUUGCCGUGGCCGUGGCCCGGCAGAAGGACCCUGCGAGCCGGCCGGAGGCGGCCUACGGUGGCCCGGGGCGGCAGGCCCGGGUGGCCGCCCCCUUCAAAGCUGCUGGCGCGCCGCGAGCCUCCCACGCGCUGGACCUGGAGGCCGAGGACGAGAGGGCGCGGCUGUGUGAGGACCACCUGGGGCUGGCCAGCCGGGACCUGCUGCUCCAGGACAAGGAGCUCGUGGAGUUCCCCAGGAUCCACCCGUCUGGCGGCUGCCCCGGGGACCUGGCCCCACACCUGGUGAUCGCUGGGGGCUCCACCCUGCAGGGGGGCCAGAUGUCGGGGGAGCCGACCCCACACCCCCACCCUGCCCACGCGCCCUGGCUGCCUCGGACCCGCAGCCCCUCCCUGUGGAUGGGAGGACAUUCCUACGGCCUGGGGCACCCCGCCCUGCACCAGAACCUGCCCCCCACGUUCCCCACCGCGGUGCCCGGCUCCAUGCCCCCGGUCUUCCCCCUCUCCCAGGACGCCCCCACCCAGCUCGUCAUCCUGCCCUCUGAGCCCACGCCCCACAGCGCCCCCCACACGCUGGCCGACGUCAUGGACCAGGCCUCGCUGUGGCCGCCCGUGUACGGGGCGCGGGGCCCCGCCCCCCACAUGCAGCACCCCGGCCAGCUGCCCGUGUACCCACGGACGCAGUUCCUGCCGCAGGAGCUGUAUACGCUGCAGACGCAGCCGCAGGCGCACCCGCAGCCGAGGGCCGCCCAGUUCCAGCGAAAGCCCGAGGAGCCCCCGGAGCUGGAGGAGGUGCUGCCCGAGAAGCCCCCGAAGCCCACUCACAAGCCAGUUGCCUUAACCCCCACCACGGCCAAGGGAGCCCCCUCACCCGCCCCCGCGGGCCCCACCAAGCUGUCCCCCUGCUGCCACUCGCCCGCCCGGAAACCCCCCGCCGGCAGCCCCGGGCCUGGCGCCGAGGUGCCCAGCACUCAGGACCCCCGAGGGGCCAGCCGGCGACCCAACGUCCACUCCCUGGACCCAGGCCUCGCUGCCAGCUACACGUGUGCCGACGCGGCCUCCAGCUUCGCCCUGCAGCCCCCUACACCCCCCCCGGACCUCCCCAACCCCGACACUAUGCAAAGCCCCGGCCCCGGGGUGCAGCCCGAGCCGCAGAGAACUUUCUCCCCUGGGGGUCCGGCCCACAGCCCCCGGAGCUUGGAGGAGCCUGGACUGCCCGCAGGGGCCAGAGAAGCCCCGCAGGACCUUGUGGCCACAGCCCACCCUGCGGAGCGGGGGUCCCUGGGGAACGCAGCUGACCCCAGCCCCCCGGAGGGGCUGCGGGCACGGCACUGGGGGCCCCCCCUGGACGGCGGCCCGGAAGGUUCCACUCAGGGAGGGGCCCGAGAGGAGAGGACCGUGGGGGCGAGCGGGGAGCCAGAGGCGUCCGUUCUGGAGGCGGGCCUGCAGGCCGGGGGCCAGGGGACCCUCGACGUGGCCCCCGAGGAGGCCGACCCUGAGGUCGAGGCCGCGGUCCAGGACGUGCCGGAGGACGAGGAGUGGCAGGGGCAGCCCUGCCUGUCCGGGGGACUGUCUGGCCUGGACUCCCUGGUGGCCGCCACCGUCAGCCUGGGUGACCUGCCUGGCGCUGGGUCCCCGGGCCCGCCUGCUGCCGCACCCUUGCCCUGGUGCCCCGGCACGCCCGGCAUCGCCCUGCUCAGUGAGUUGGCCGACCUGGAGCUGCCGCCGCAGGGGAGCCUUCGACCGCUGCAGGAGGAAGAGGACGUGCUGGCCUUCAACCUGCAGCGCCUGGCCACCCUGGCUGCGGCCUGGUCCCUGGUGGAGGCGGCCGAGCUGGGCCCUGCUGCCUCAGCCGCGGCCCCGGCGCCCGCCCCCUGCAGCGCGCCCGCUCUCACCCCCCGCAUGCGGAUUAUCCGGCGCAAGGACACCUGGACGCCCAAGACCAAGCCUGUGUGUCCCCUGAAGGCGGCCAUCGAGCAGCUGGACACGCAGGAGGUGGCCAUGCGCGUGCAGCUGGCGGAGCUGCAGCGGCGCUACAAGGAGAAGCAGCGAGAGCUGGCACGUCUGCAGCGCCGCCGUGACCAUGAGAGAGAGGAGAGUUCCAGAAGCCCGGCCCGGCGCGGGCCCGGCCGGCCCAGGAAGCGCAAGUUCUCCAGUCUGCUCCCAGGCACGCCGCUGCCCCGGGCCGAGGGCAGGAGAGUCAAGGCUGCGCGCCCCCGCCUGAGCCUGCUGUGUGCCGAGCUGCGGAGCACCGAGCCCCCCACGAAGCGCAGCAAACUGGAGAAGCUGCAGGCGGCCGCGGGGGACAAGGCCCAGUUCCAGAGCAGCGCCCCGAGGGAGCCGGCGGCCGCCCAGCUGAAGCCCAGGGCCAAGAGCCGGGCGCUGCCCCCCGGCCUCAGCCCCUUCCGCAGAAAGGAGGCCCCGGGUGGGCGCGUGCGGAAGAAGCUGGCUCGGGCCAAGAGCACCGGCGUGUCUGCGGCCACCCGGCACCCACAGCCCACGGCCGAGGCUGGCGGCAGAACCGCGCCCAAGUUCCCAGCCCGGUUGUCAGUGGCCGCCCACGGGGCAGGCAAUGGCUAUGACGGCCAGAGUCGCGAGGGCUUCCUGGGGCCCGAGCUGGUGCUGCAGGCCGCGGCUGGCAUGGCCGUGCUGGGGCCCUCGCCCUCGUCGGUGGUCAAGAUGGAGGCCAACCGCAAGGCCCGCAAGAAGGAGGAGCGGCAGGGCCUGCUCGGGGCCUGCCGGCUGUCCAGUCCCGACAGUGAGGUCAAGAUCAAGAGGCGGGCAGUGAAGGGCAAGGUGGGCACCAAGCUGGCACGGGCGCCGGGGCGCAGGCCGCCCGGCAAGAAGAAGGGCCAGGCGCAGGCGGCGGAGCUGGGCGCCUCGGCCGCCAGGGACGCGCUGUUCGGGGGGCGUCUCCAGCGGGCCACACGCAAGGGCGCGGCGCUGCAGCCCGGCCUGCGGGUGAGGCGCAAGAACGGGGCCCUGACCAUCGCGCUGUCGCCCCGCAACGCCAAGGCCAUCCUGGGGAGCCGGAAGCUGGGCAAGGCCAAGGGCGCGGCUGGCCGCCCGCAGGGCCCGGGCCGCGCCGUCAGCCGGCUGCUCCAGAGCUUCGCCAAGGACGACAACUUCCGCUUCGGCGACAACAGCAGCUUCUCGGAGGAGGACGAGGAGGAGGACGAGGAGGAGGAGGAGGAGGAGGAGGAGGAGGAGGAGGAGGCGGCGGCGGGGCCCCUGAGCGUGGAGCAGAGCGCGGCCCUGGCGCGCUCCUGCACCAUCCACAAGGAGGACCUGCAGGACGGGCUCCCCGUGCUCAUCCCCAAGGAGGACAGCCUGCUGUACGCGGGCAGCGUGCGGACCCUGCAGCCGCCCGACAUCUACAGCAUCGUCAUCGAGGGCGAGCGAGGGAACCGCCCACGCAUCUACUCGCUGGAGCAGCUGCUGCAGGAGGCGGUCCUGGACGUGCGGCCUCAGUCCAGCAGAGCCCUCCCGCCAGGCACCAGGGUCUGUGCCUACUGGAGCCAGAAGUCCCGUUGCCUGUACCCUGGGAACGUGGUCCGGGGCGCGUCCAGCGACGAGGAGGAGCUGGACUCCGUGCUGGUGGAGUUCGACGACGGGGACACGGGCCACAUCGCGGUGUCCAACAUCCGCCUGCUGCCGCCCGACUUCAAGAUCCAGUGCACAGAACCCUCACCCGCCCUGCUGGUGCCCGGCAGCUGCCGGAGGACUAAGAAGGCGGCCGGCGAAGCUGCCGCGCCCAGCGAGGCCGCCCCCAGCCUGUCCCCCAAGACGCACGACGGCUCCGACGCCUGCAAGGUCCCUGGGAAGAAGACCCCCGGCAGAGACAGAGCUGGCAAAGCAGAGCUCCUGAGCCCCGGCGCCAAGCCCCCCGCGGGGGUCGCCGAGCACCUGCUGGGCCGGCGGGGCGGCCCCCUGCUGAGCUGGUCGGCCGUGGCGCAGACCAAGCGGAAGGCGGCGGCGGGCAAGGCGCCGGGCGUGCUGCAGAACCUCUUCCAGCUGGGCGGGCGGCGGCUGCGCGCGCGCGAGGGCCUGUUCCCCGCCGCGGUGGCCGCGCCCGUGUUCGGCACGGCCUUCCGCGCCGACUCCUUCAGCAGCCUGGCCGGCCCCUACGCGCCCUUCGGCGCGGCCGCCGCGCAGGGCCUGCCCGGGGGCGCGCACAAGCUGCUGCGGGCCAAGAAGGCCGAGAGGGCGGAGGCGGAGAAGGGCGCGCGGCGGAGGGCAGCGGGCGAGUUCCUGGUCAAGCUGGACCACGAGGGCGUGACCUCCCCCAAGAACAAAGCCUGCAAGACGCUGCUGGCGGGCGACAAGGGGCUGGCGCCCAAGCUGGGGAGACCCCUGCCCAGCCCCAGCUACACACACCCCGUGCUGCUGGGCAAGGACCGCAAGGGCCGGGCGCCCGGGCACCCCCUGCCCAUGGGGCUGGCGCUGCGCAAGUUCUCGGGCCAGGCUGACUUCCAGCUGCCCUGCGACAGUGACUGCCACAGCUCCUACUCUGACGAGGAGGACGAGGCGCCCGGGCUGGCCCCCGGCGUGCCCGCGCGCUUCCUCGCCCGCCUGUCCGUGUCCUCCUCGUCCUCCGGCUCCUCCACCUCCUCGUCCUCCGGCUCCCUGUCCACCUCCAGCCUCUGCUCCUCCGACGACGGCUCCUCCUGCAGUUCCGACGACGAGGACCCCGCGAUGCUGCUCCCGCGCUGCCUCUCGCACCCGGUGCCCGCCCUGCUAGCGCAGCCUGAGGCCCUGCGUCCCAAGGGCGGCGGGCCCCACGCGCACGCCGCGCGCUGCUUCCUGUCCCGCGCCGCCGUGGCCAACGGGAGCCCCGGCCCGGGCCCCGGGGGCGGCGGGAAGGCCCGGCUGAGGCGCAAAGACGCGGGGGGCUUCUCCAAAGAGCUCGCGCGGAGGCAGCGGCUGCCCUCCGUGGAGAACCGGCCAAAGAUCUCGGCCUUCCUGCCGGCCCGCCAGCUCUGGAAGUGGUCCGGGAGCCCCACCCAGCGCCGCGGCGUGAAGGGGAAGGGCCGGAAGCUGUUCUACAAGGCCAUCGUGCGCGGCAAGGAGACGCUGCGCGUGGGCGACUGCGCCGUCUUCCUGUCGGCCGGGCGCCCCAACCUGCCCUACAUCGGCCGCAUCGAGAGCAUGUGGGAGUCCUGGGGCAGCAACAUGGUGGUCAAGGUCAAGUGGUUCUACCACCCCGAGGAGACCAAGCUGGGCAAGCGGCAGAGCGACGGGAAGCACGCCUUGUACCAGUCCUGCCACCAGGACGAGAACGACGUGCAGACGAUCUCCCACAAGUGCCAGGUGGUGGCGCGCGAGCAGUACGAGCAGAUGACGCGGGGCCGCAAGUGCCAAGACCGGCAGGACCUGUACUACCUGGCGGGCACCUACGACCCCACCACGGGCCGCCUGGUGACGGCCGAGGGCGUGCCCAUCCUGUGCUAGGCGCCGCGGGCGGGGGACAGGGCGCCCGCCGGCCCGUCCAGGCUUUCUGUUCUCUUCCCUGGAGGGCGCGAGGUGCGGGGACCCGGCGGGGGCCGCAGUGCUCAGCAGGCAGUUCACGAGAUUCGAAUCCAAGCCAUAUUCUCCCUAGUACCUCCGACUGUCUCCCACCAGGGAACGCAGAAAUCAGGUGUGUCUAUUUAUUUCUCUCUGUAAAUAGUGUAUUUCUGCGGGGAAGUUUUAUGGGAAAAUGUGGCGGGGAGCUUUCCCCACGUGCGUGACGAGGGUGCGUGUGUGCGUGUGCGAGCGUGUGCGUGUGCGCGCGUGUGUGCAGGGAUUUCGUUCUGGGGUUUUCUGUGAAAAUGCACUGUUUUCCCAGCCUGGCUGAGUUGCAGCCGCGUCUUCGAGCGAGGGCAGGCGGCUGGGGCGGGGUCCCGCUCACUCGUGGGGUUCUGUAGGCGGGGUCCUGCCCCAGCUUACCGCCCUGGAAUCCAUCUCCUAGGAAAAAGUGUUAGGGCAGGGCUGGGCCCCGCACAGUGGCACCCUGCCUUCCCUCUGUUUCAAACAAAGUGAACAAAUAUUUUAAAGUAUUGAUACUAAAUGUUGAUGUUUGGAUUUUAUUUCUGGGAUAUUCCAAGUUAUUGUGACCUUCGUUCCCCUGGCUGGUCUGUGGACCCCCCUCCCGGGCCCCCCAACCCUUCCUGUGGCUGCUCAGGGGGGUGCAGGGACUGGUGGGCUCCGUCCCAACUGCCCAGACCCCCCCCAGGGCAGGGGACCCCCAGGGCCACUGUGGGGGGUGGUGGCUGUCUCAGGACCUAAAUGAAUUCCACAGUCCCCCUGUGAUCCGCAGCGUGUCCCCAAAUGCCCUGAGGGUCCUGUGCUCUGAGUCCACUGUUGGGGUGCCUGGACCACCAGCGCCCCGGAAAACCCCCAUUCACCUCUGAUCUUUGUGAGAACUCUUGUGUGACGCCCAGUCCAGGGCCCCCCGACCCCGGCCCUUUGGCCUCUUUCUUUCCACCCAGGACACCAUCUUUGGGGUCCCUUCUCCCAUCCCGGAGGUGCCAUGGAUAUGCAGGGACACCAGGGCCCCACCCACUCACCUCUCCCGCCGGGGACACCGGGGCCCCCACCCGCUCACCUCUCCUGCCCGGCUCCCUUUUGUCUCGGCCGAGUGCAAUAUUCAUUCCUGGUGGCCAUCCUGGAGAAGGUGGCGGGAUCAGGACGUGCAAGAAGGCAGCAGUUCCUCCCCCAGCCGCCGUGAGCGUGCGAGCAGUGCUGUUGCCAGGGUCCACGCAGGGCUGGGCCUGGGGAUCUCUGUCAGCACUGGGCAGGCGGAACACGUCUCGGCGAGCAGCAAACUCUGUGUAAAGGCGUUUUAGUAUUAAAUUUUUUUAUCGACA